AACCUAAUUAUCCCUUUCAGCAGAUGUACUCCAUCUACUUCGACUUCUCUUCCUUCUCCUACUCCGACUUCUCUCAAAAUGAGGAAGCUACCCCUCCCAUCCGCCCCCAAAUCACUUCCAUCCCCGUCGAAUUCCCCUCAAACCAAACCCCAAUUCAGGUCCCUGUCAUCCUCCCCCUCUCCUGCAUCUCCGCCGCCGCCGUCAAGAUCCAAUCCGCCUACCGCCGGAAACUCGUCCGCACCCAAAUAGACCGGAUCCGGUCCGCCGCCGGCGAAGCCGACCGACUCGAGCAUCUGAUUCGCCGGCAGGAUACCGUCGAUGCCAUCCGCCGCGAUCCGAGGGAGCGACUCAGGAUCUCGGAGGAGCUCAUGGCGGCGCUUCUCCGCCUUGACGGUGUGCCGGGAUUUUAUGCGCCGGUGCGCGAGAUACGGAGGGAUGUUAGCCGCCGGAUCGUGGGGUUGCAGGAACUGCUGGAUGCUGUCGCCGAUGCGCCGGAUGUGGGAGAGAUGGAAGGGAUUCCGGCGAGUUUGGAGGAGAUCGUGUGGGGGAUCUGGGAGGAGGAAGAUGGGAGAGAAGAGCAUUGGGUUUAGCCGAAAGGGUUUCGCGAUGAGAGUGGAAGGAGAGACUGGAGAGGAAUUUUUGUUGGGGGUAGAAUAGUCUUUGUGUUUUGUAUACCGGCAUUUAUUAUAUUAUUUUUUGGCUAGUGAACAAUCGUGCAAUAUGUAAAGAUACUAAGGACUUAAAUGGUAAGCAAACAAAUUAUUGUGAUCA